AUGGCAGAUCAGACCAGUGGGAGCAAUGGAGACAGUGAAGUUGUCUUGGAUAUAAGAGACAAUUCCAGAACCAAGCAAGAGAUCAAAUGCACUAUGUUCUCUUUUCCCUUUAUUCAAAAGUUGAUCGCGGAGGUCUUUGGGACGUACUUCUUGAUAUUCGCCGGUUGCGGGUCGGUGGCGGUGAACUUGAACAACGAAAAGGUGGUGACACUUCCAGGGAUAUCGAUGGUGUGGGGUUUGGCGGUGAUGGUGUUGGUGUACUCGGUCGGGCACAUCUCCGGUGCCCAUUUCAACCCGGCCGUCACCAUUGCUUUCGCCACCUGCAGGAGGUUUCCAUGGAAUCAGGUGCUUCCCUAUAUAUCUGCACAAGUUAUUGGAUCGACAUUGGCGUGCGGGACGCUGCGGUUGCUCUUCACCGGAAAGCUCAAUCAUUUCCUGGGGACACAACCGGCCGGUUCGGAUGUGCAAGCGUUCGUCUUUGAGUUCAUCAUCACUUUUUACCUCAUGUUCAUCGUCUCCGGCGUUGGCACUGAUAAUAGAGCAAUAGGAGAAUUCGCCGGUCUUGCUGUCGGUGCAACCGUCUUGCUCAACGUGCUGUUUGCAGGGUAA